UCCGGGGUGAGUACUCACUCAUCACAUGACUUGUGUUUACGUGUGCUUAGACAGUGAGCACGCACACGGGAUUCACAGGACACACACAUCGACAUGCAGUCGUAGAAUCAACGCACGUGCUCUGGAAUCAAUCAUGACCGUUGUCUGUCAUCCUCCGACCAAAAUAUCUGCUCACGUCGCUGCGACUAGUACUCACGGAACAAGUGCUCUGCGUCUUUGUGUGUGCUUGUGUGUUACGUGACCAGCCGUGCGGUGUGCUCAAAGAUGAGCCCUUAGAUGUACUCACUCAGACUUGGCGGCUCAUCGUUUUAAUCCUCGAGACAUGGGCGUGGAUUAAAUAUAUUCAUUUUUUUUUAAAGGGCGUUCUGUGAUGAGUUCAGUACGGCCACCCCUUCAGCCGGAGAUGUGAGGUCCUCUUUCCGUUCCAAAGCAAACUUCAUGCCAACAUCAGCAAUUCAAAUUCAAGGCGGAUGUCUGAUCCUUUGAUCGGGCUCGCUUCCAGGUGCAGGGAAGAAAGGAUUUAAGGCCAUACUAUCGGAUUAUUGGAAAACGCUUUGAUGAUCGAUCACUUGAUUCUGUUUGGCCAUAUAAAAGGUCGUCUGGAGAAGUUGAGACAGGCUUUCCAAAUCCAUAGUGUGAGUACAUCGCCCGCUUGUGAGCUUAAAGAGUAUUCUUUCUUGUGUGCUCAACCCCCUGACCUGAUCUCAUUACAAACGGUAAAAGUUGAGUUGCAGUAGCAUCUGCAGUAUUUUCGUUUCAGCAUUGGCAAAUAAUGCAAGAUUGUGGAAGAACUCUUCCGCCUCGAUCGCGUUGUGACAUUUCAUUCUUAUUAAUUUCCUGAUUUGGUCGCCGAUGUCAUCGGGCAGACGAUCAAGGGGGUAGGGGUUUGCCAUGGCUUCAGACAGCCCCGGGGGCUACAACCACAUUUCGCACUACGUCAUCGACGGGCAGAUGCUUGGCGGAGUGGGCGUAGGGAGUGGCCAGCACCGCGACUGCAAGGACUCGGGCUACUACGUCAGCACCAGCGAUGGCGCCAGCACUUGCAGCAGCAGCGCCACGGAGGCAGGGGACUUCGAGGGCGGAACGCUGCUGGUGCUGGAGCCCAAGUCCUUGAGGAGCUUCACCACCAAUGACGAGUACCUGUACGCGAUGAAGGAGGAUCUGGCUGACUGGUUCUCUUGCCUGUACCAGACGGUCAUCACGGCUGAGAACUUCAUGUCCAUGCUUGAGACUGGGGUCUUGCUGUGCAAGCAUGCCAACAAGAUGCAGGAGUACGCCAGAGAGAGGCAAGAGAAGGGAGAGACCCUGGAGAUGAGAUCGUACUUCAUUCGUUCCAUCCCGCUGGGAAACGUGCCCUUCAAGGAGGGAGUCAAACCCGAAACUUUCCAGGCUAGAGACAACGUGUCAAAUUUCAUUAAAUGGGGACGACAGAUGGGCAUACCGGAAGUUCUGAGUUUUGAAACAGAUGACCUUGUCCUUCGGAAGAAUGAAAAAAGUGUCAUCUUGUGUCUGUUGGAAAUGGCCAGGGUGGGUGCCAAACUCGGGAUGUUGGCUCCUACGCUGGUCCAGAUGGAGGAGGAGAUAGACGCAGAGCUUGCCGGAGAUGAGCCGCCACUGCCGAGGCCACAGAUUCAGACAUGUGACAUGCGGUCUUUGGAUGAAAGGGUUCGUGAUCUCAUACGGCGGUGUACGUGUCCCGUGCAGUUCCCAAUGGUGAAAGUCGGUGAGGGCAAGUACAAAAUCGGAGAUUCCCGCAGUCUAAUCUUUGUCAGGAUCUUACGUAAUCACGUGAUGGUGAGAGUUGGAGGAGGCUGGGAUACAUUGGAAAACUAUCUCAACAAGCAUGAUCCCUGUCAGUGCCACUACAGGGGACAUCGCCCGACCGUCUCUGCAAAUCAGCAAAGAAGGCCAUCUAAUACAGGCUACUCCGUCACGCGGCCUGCGCCCAACACACCAACGUCGCCCAGACGCAACAUCCAGACCACUGCUGCCUCAGCAGCCAACACGAACGCCACCCUCCGUGAGCGUUCCGCCUCGCCCCAGUUGACUGCCACCAGGAAUAAGAGCCCGACGUUGAUCAUCUCGCGCCACGUGGUCCAAGGGGACUCCAGGGCCAGCAAGUUCACGGCCAGGGUGUCCCACGUGGCCGACCACCCCCACAACUCGUACAACAACAACUACACCACCCCAAGGUGCGGCUCCCCCAACACCACCGCCGCCACACGCAUGAGGACUCCGUCUCCAGUGGGUCCGUCCUCCAGCUUCCAAGGCAAUGGCAAGUCGAGUUCGGGUGUUCUGUCAUCGGCUGACCUGACCUCUAGGACCAGACAUCACAGUUCGUCGAUGAGCAGCGAUGUUGACGAUGAGGACGAUAGCCAUAGCGAAGAGCUGAGCAAGUAUGCCGUUGAGGCGUCCUUUGGACGGAAAGAUAACUCCAACGGGUCUAUUUCCCUGGACGAUCACACAGAGAUGAACUCAGUGUCCAGGACACAUUUGUCCACUCUUGAUCAUGUGUCAGAAAGUGGCUCCACAAGUUCGCUGGACAAAAGUGGACAUACCAAUGUCACCAUGGACAAGAUUAGCACCAUGACCUUGUCAGAGUUCAAGUCUCUUCUGAGCUCAUCUUUUGCGGUGCCAGACCAUGCCAACUCAAGGGGUGAGCCAUCUCAAGGGCCCAAUCUGGAAACAUUGAGAGACAAGGCUAGAUCAAUCAGAGACUCAAUGUCGUCCAAGGCGAACACAAGGCGAUCCUCUAGCAGUCAAAGCAGGUCAAGCGUGUCCCAGGAGGAAAACAAUGUCCACCUCCCUGGAACAGACCGACCGAAGACGCCCCAAGCCUCUAGAAGAAACCUCAGCUCUGCAAUAUCCAGGCCAAAAACGCCGACAUCACUCGGCUCACACCGGCCUCAAACUCCUACAGAAAAGAUUGGUCAGAAGGAUGAGUAUACAAUCUCUAGACCUAAAACGCCAAGCCAGAUUAAGAGAGAUGCAGUCGCCAAAGUUGCUGGGGCAAUUUCAAACUGGGUGGAGUCUAGAAGUGAAAUUGACAGCCGCCCCAAAACCCCCACAAGGCACAAAAGUCCACUCGCUGCUCGCUCUGAACAGUAUGACUCUGAUGAGGAUGAGAGCAGCCUUGCAUCUUCAUUGUCCAAAUCUCAGUCGCACUCGCUGGCAUCCACUGUGAAAGAAAGGCCGUGCACACCUAGUCGAAUCCCAAAGCCUUGCUUUGCCUCCCGUCCAAAUACUCCAAAGUCUGUGAUGUCUGAUUCCAAUUUGGAAGAAAGCUUUUCAUCCCAUGGCAGGCCUAACACUAUUUCUCUCUCCAGGUCUCAGUUACUGUCUCGCUCCAGUAGCAAUGCCUCCAGUAUCAGAUCUGAAGAUGGCCCUCCUUCUCCUUCUGGCAGCCAAGGGGAUGAGAAGUCAAUGAGGCUUUCAAGGCCUACCACAGUCAUUUCCAGAAAACAACAGACACCAACGAAAGCUGGUGCCAGUUACAAAGACUUGUACAACACCAGGAGGGCCAUCACCCCUGGGCCAACACUUUCUGGCCAGGCUGUGACUCCUGGUCCAAGAGAGAAAUGGUCAUUAGGCUCCAACGGCGACAUUGACAUUGUGGAUGCAAGGCGAAGGGGCUCCCUGGAUGUUAGUUUGACCAACAAGAGCAAAUCACACCAGAACGUAAGUUAUCCUCAAGAUGCUUAUGGUGAACUCCCUGUCACAAAUGAGAUCACAUUUUCCGAUGAUGAAGAAAUAAAUGAGCUUGUCAAGAAUGCUGCUUUGAUGGCCAUGGCAUCCAGCAAAAAGAAAAUUCGCUCCUCUAGUGUGGAUGCCAGAAAACUGGCUAGAAAAAGUGCCAAAGACAAACAGGAGGAAAUUCUUAUGAUUCGCAGAGACAGUUCUGGAAGCCAUGGAGUGCAGAUUGUUCAAAGCGAUGGGGUGAAAUAUGAUUCUUCUUCCAAAAGUCAUGUUGUAAAACGACCUCCCUCAGCAGAUUCUGUGCACAGAACAAGAGCUAUGACUCCUGAUUCAUCUACAUAUCAUCAGAAAUCAACCAAAGCCAAAGCCACCAAUCCUGAAUCUGGGGACAAGUCUCAGAAUCGAACAGAAGCCUGGGUGGACACUACCUUGUCAGAUCCCAAAAGGAAACAACCUCCGCACCCUAAGAGACCAAAAGGUAUUGUUAAUGAUAUUCCAGCAAGUGAGUUGGAACCCAGGCCCCUUGAGGAAAUUCAAGCUAUCCUCCAAGAGCCCAAAAAUGGCUUUGUCCAGGUCAACACAGAGGCUCUAAGUGCACCGCCAGAAGAUCCUGAACUUUAUAGAAAGAUGGAAAAACUUUUUGAAAAGUACAGAGAAAUGGAGCUUCGAGCUUCAGUCAAUGACACUCCUGGAGGCAAUAAAAUGGAUAAAACUUCAGAUGCAAGUUUAAACCACUCUGGAAAUAAAGCACCUAAGUCUACCCCCUCUGUUGCUUCUGGAAAAACAUCCAGUGGCUCUGUCUCUUCUUCAGGCAUGUCCUCAGGUAUUGCAAAUGGCACCAGCAGUGUUAAAUCAUCAGAAGACAAUAGAUUCAAAAGAUCAUCAAGUGUCCCCAUAUCUUUCCAAAAUGCUGCAAUGACAGUGUCCAGUUACGAUGAGAAGAAAAGCAAUGUCUUGGUUACAAGUGAAGAGGAUUUUCAGAAUUCUCUCAAAGACAUUGACGCUGAAAUAGCCAAAAAUCCUACUGCUCUUGUCUCAAAAAUAAAAGAGAUCUUGAAAGUCAGGCCUCGGAAGGAUGAAAAUUCUGAAAUCCCAACGCGUAUUCCUGGGCCAUCAAGCUUGAGUAGAAGUAGCCGGUCAAAGUCUGUGACUAAUUUGUACAACAACAGGUUGAGUAGCUGUGAUGAGGAUGAUAGAGAGGAGGCCAUUUCUCCAUCCGCAAAAAUCAAAAGUGAUGGAAAGGCCACCAGUGGAAACAUUGCCUACACUGAGUUCAUGUACCAAAACAGUCAGGAGGAAGUUCCUGAGCUUAGCCGCACCUGGUCAUGCAGGUCUGAUUCUAGUGACGGCCAGAGCAGAGUGGAGACUCCCGCUCCCAGACUGGCCACCCCUCUCACAACUGGCCGCUCCACUUUGAUCCUGAAGAAGCCAGAAAAGCUAGGUCGAAGCCCGUCUCAUGAAAAGGAUUCUAAUUCACAUACAAACAUUUCAAGGGGACAUGUUUUCUCUACUGGUGAAGAGGAUGCUGAUUUUGUCUAACAACGACCAUUUUUUUGUGUCAGGAAUUUAACUUUGAAUGGCUUUUCCCAAUGUUUUUACAUAAUGUAUUUAUAGAUCAAAAACUAUUUUAUGAUCGUUUUCACCCCUAUCAACACUAAACAAAAACAUCUCCAUUUUCUUUCUAUAUGUUGUAAUACUAACAUCCUAUAUACAGCACAUACGAUGUCACACUAUUAAAAAAAAAAAAUUCUUUAGUUUUGGAGCCUAGUAGCUAAACACAAAAAGAACUUAACAAUGGUCAUGAGCUCAAGUCCAAGUAUUGCUAAGAAUUAGAGUUUGAAAAUUAUAAGAAAUAGCUGCCAAGUAGUUUUAGAAAAUCUAGCCAAAGAUAAUUAAUUCUGUGUAGGUACAAAUUAUGUUAUAAAAUGAGACUUUUUACUGUCUAGCGCCUGGCUCAUUGAACAAAGUGCUAGUAUUAUUUCGAGCAUAAAAAUAUUUGAAAUGUUUUUCUUGAAGUGUACUCACCCAAUAUACUUCAAACUAUAAAUUAUUAGCCAGCUACAGUAUCAACAUUUUUGACAUCUGUUUGUAAAUUUCUUUUUUUUUUUUCAAAGCAAUAUUUCAUCUCAUAUAUCUGACACCAGUUGUUUAUUAUUGGCGACAGUAAUAGAACUACACUUCCUGACAACAAAAUAACUAUCAUCAGUCUAUUCAAAAUGUCCCUCGUCAUCCAUCUCCGAAAUGUUUGUUCAUUUCAAAUCUUGGAAAAUGAACCAACUAUAACUAUUGUAUGGUACUGAAGGUUGUGGACUCCUGCUUUAAAAUAGUCUCUGCAUAUUCUGACUUUUGUUUUUCAUAUUUUUGUAUAAUUUGUACAUUGUAAUUUAUCUUGACCAAUUUUUAUGUCAUUAACCACAAUUAUAUUUUUAAUGAUUUCCUUUUUUUUUUUUUAAAUUUUCAUUACUCAUUGAUGUUUAGAUGAAGUAUUAACUUUUUUUUAUGUAAUUAUAAAAUCUUGAUUGUAGUCCCCCAGGAGCUCAAAAUAUUUUUUAGUCAGUUUAUUAUUUUAGAUGCAUAUUUCUGAAGUAGGUUUUAUAUCAUAAACAUGUCAUUUACAAUGUAUGUUAUUAUUAUUUAUUACUAUAUAAUUUACAUUGAUUUUAAAACAUUAUUUACAUUUGAAAUUAGCUGCAAAAUGUAUAGUUUAUCUACUUUAAUGCCCUUCAUAUUCUAGCUCUUUUAUACAACCAGAUUUUUAUUAAAUGUACCAACUCUAAAUCUUCUGUACCAAUUUUUAGUGCUUUGGUUAUUGGAAUUUUUAAAAUCCUUUUUUAACCGAUUUUUUCUUUAAAAAAAAAAACCAGAUCAAAAUACAAGAAGUAGAUUAUGAUAUAUGUUUUUAAAAUAAGUUGUUGUUUUUUUUUUACUGAUAACACUUGAUCAUUUCAGUUUAAUCUAAGAAAUGAAAUCAUCUGUUUGGAUAUGCGCUUCGGACUGCCACUAAAGUCUCCAGUUUGAACUUUGACUGUAUUCUUGCAGGUGGUUUGGACUAAGAUUUAGUUAUUUAAUUUCUAAAAUAAAAUUGUCUGAAAAUCAAAACCAGCUUUUUGUGCUGUAGAACAUGUAAAACAUGUUCAAAUUUGUUUCUAGAUUACCUAUUACUGGUCUAGAAAUUUUUUUAAAAGACUUUUAAAGUGUUCAGUUCUACUUUGUGUAGCAAAGUUUUUUUUCUGUUGAUAUACUGUGUAUAUGAGUUGUGUAUUUUCUUACCCUAUAUAGACCAGUGCUAUCCCAACUGUACCAACUGUGAUAUAGUCCCUCACAGUAUUUCCUGGUGACUGGGUUUUUUAAUGUUUUUUUUUUUUCCGUUUGGACUUCUCUAACAUAUUGUGAUAGUCAUUGAUUUCAAUAACAUAACGUUUCUGUCCUUAGCAUGCUGUUUGUUUUAAACAUUCUGAACUGAACUAUUGUUUCCACUUUUGACACCAUUUUAUUUAUUUAAAAACAAAACACAUUUUUCUUCUCUGCUUACAUCUGUUUGUGUUAAACUUGAAAGUAUUAUGUGUAGAAACCUUCAACAAAGUCUGUUGUGAUAUUUAUAGAUCAGCUUCCAUCUUUUGUUUGUACAAAAAAAAAACUCAUUUGGUUUAAUUAAUACUUGUGUAUCAUGUAACUAAUUCUAAAGGGCUUGAGUACCUAAGACCUAGCUGUAGUUUCAUUGCUUUCUAGCUUUUUUUUUUUUUUUUUUUUUUCUAAAUUCUAAACUGUAUUAACAAUAAUAUCACAAUAUUCAUGCUCAGAAAUGUGAAAGAAAUCAGUUCAGAUGUUAAUUAAUAGAUCUAUAUAGUUGUCUUGUGUACAAUUGAAAAGAACUUUAGCUGCUUAUCAUAACCAGCAAGCCUUUGUUUCAAGUUCUACUUUAAACUCACACUUUCAACUUAGUCAAAAAAAUUGUUAAAUACAAAAUGAAAAAUUGGAAUCCUUUAUUAUAAGAACUUUUUCUUUCCCCUAUCAAGCUGAAAUUUCACACUCAGGCUUCUACUGGCUGACAACACAUUUGAUAAAAAUAUCAGUAAGAUCACUUCAUUAGUUUUUGAAUUAAUCAUACAAUUUUUAAUGUGAAUUAUGCAUGGGACUCAGGCGAAGAAACAAAAACAAAAUAUUAUAUUUUCUUAUUAUUAAGUAUCAGUAAUAUCCCUUUUGCAUAUGUCCUCACCCAAGCAAAGGUAAAACUCAUGUUUACUAUAUUAUUGCAACAUAAAGUAGGAAUUCAAUUUUGUUACCAUGUAUAUUACUUGUGUGCUGUUUUCAAUGUCAGUGACAGCUGUUCCAGAAGUUUCAAAGCAAUCAUUGCCUAUAGAAACCCCUUUACAAGAAUCAAUUUUCUUCAAAGUUAUGCCAAAGUGUUUAAGUCACAUUUUGUUCUACUAGUAGACAGUCACCUUAGGGUUAAAGCCUGACUAUUACAGUGAUCUAAACACCUAGUCUGGUGUAGUGCCUAGCUUUCAGUUUGCCACUAUUGUGUGUAUUUAGUCUCUGGGUUGUUUUUUUUUUAAAUAAUUAAAAUGAUAAUUGCUUGAAUGUAAAGAGAAAAUGAAUCCUUUGAAAUGAUUUAACAUAGUCUCAUAAAUUAAUUAAUAGUGUAUUCCUUAAUUAGCACAAGGCUCUUCCAUUCUUAUUAAAGCUAUACAAGUUAAGGAGUGUGGUGGCUGAGUGGUAAGUGCUUGGCUUCAGCAUGUGAGGGUUCUCGAGUUUGUAUCUCUGUGACGAUUGGGACUCUGAACUUCAAAUUUUUAGGAUGCCCCAGAUUCCACACAACUGUAAUAGGUACUUGACAUUAGUUUGGUAAAGAAAAGUUUGUCGUUAUGCUUGCCACAUGACACCCUCGUUAACUGUCCGCCAUAGAAACAGAUAACCUUUGCAUCAUCAGCACUUUUAAAACACAAAGUCUGAAAGGGGAACAAUUUUUCUAUGAACUGAAUGAAAGAACAAGGUGACAGUAAGAAAAAUGUUUAUUUUCAAAUUUGUUAGCUAACCACAAAAUUAAAAUGUUUUUCUUUUGGUUUCAUGAUUAUUAGUUAUGACCAAAUUAAUAUACACAUUGAAUGCAAAACACAAAUGUCAUAAUAAUUUUUUAAAAACAAAGACCAAAUAGAUUGCAAUGAUAUAUGCACACCAAUAAAAUCAUUCCAGGAAUUGGACUUCUCAUAUUGUAUAGAACCAUGGGUAUUGAAACAUCUACAGAAAACAUAAAUACACACGUCAAUGAUUGCUUUGUAUCAAAUAAUUACACGUACUAACAACCUGUUGAUAUACCGUACAAUAUACUUAAAUGAUUUAACAGCCUGCAUCCAUAGAAGACAUUUACUUAUACACAAUUAUCUAAAAACAAAUUCUUUUCUUUUCCAUACCAGCUGCCAUCUUACAGUAAAAGAUAAAAUACAAUAAAAUUAAAUCUGUUUAUCUUCCUUAUAUUGUUUCUACAUGAUGCUUCUGAAAUUGGACUGUAACAUUUAUAGACCAAAACUUGCUAUAAGUUACCUGUAUCUCAUAAAUCAUAUGUUCAACAAAUAACUUUUAUUGUCUAUGUGGUUUCCAUCCAUCAAAUGUUUUACAAUGUGAGCUGAAUGUAUUUAGAGACUUGUUUUAAACCAAUUUUAAUCAAAAUGUGUGUUGGUGUAGUUGAACUGUAUCAUGUUUUACCACUUCAUGACUGAUAUGUUCCUUAGCGUAUGCUUGUUAGAAUAUUUAAAUAUUUACCAUACAAAUCACCAUUAUGUGCUGUCAUCUCUCAGAUGUGCUUAAUGAGAAUAUAGUCUGGAGAUAAUUUUUUCAGGAGUUUUAUCAAAGUUUUAAAGUUAACAGCUGGGCUUGUAGUCUAUAUAAAAUAUUGACAAUAAAAAAACCUGAGUUUGGUUUUUACAAUAUGUGUAAACUAAUUGUGCUUUGUAAACAUAUGUAAUUAUUGUCAAUGACAAUUUAGUUUCCACAUAUCCAAGUCUUUAUAUUUAUGAUCUACCACAACCUAAAGAUACAGUUGUACAAUUUUUAAAGUAAAUUUUUUAAAAGAAAAAUUUAAUAUAAAUUGUGAUCAUUUUUUUUUUCUAACAUUUUUGUUUUGAGAUGUUUCAACAUUAGUGUUCCCUAAAAAACAUAUUGACCAAAACAUUUCAACAAAAUGUAUUUUUAAAAAGUUACUAUUUGGCCAAUUAAAAAGUGAGUUAUUUUCUCAAACUAACAUUCAAAUAAGUGUUAUUUAACAACACAUUGCGGUAACUGAAGACAAAGUAAAUUUAUACAUUUUAAUAACCUAAAGAAAACAUUUUCUAACUCCUCUAUCAAUGUCUCUAUUUGUUCCCUCAAAGGAUCACAUCUAAAUCCAUCUAAAAUAUAUUUAUAAACACAGCAUUCUUAGGUUACAAUGUACUUGUGUCCAGUAGUAAGAUUUGUAAACUUUCCUGUUGGCAGAUUGUUAUUUCAUGAAGAACUGCUGCAGUACUCUAUGUGCUUCUAUCCAAUACAUUGUAAGAAAACCCUUCUUCAGUGUCAAAAUAACAACAAAAAAAAAACGCAUUCCAUUUGCACAACCAACUUUGACUAUAUUGCCAUAUCAGCCUACUGCUAAAUUAUUUGUGUGUAUAGUUACUAUAAAAAUGUCUGGGGUCAACAAUAGUUGUUAAGCCAACUAGCCUGCUUGUCAGUGUUUGUUUCAAUGAGUUUGCAUAUCCAGCACAUUACUUAAAGCCAACAUUGUCAUUCCAAUGUCAUGCAACAAUGCUGACAGUUAUUUUGCUAGGAACAACAGUCAGGCUGUGGAGCUUACGUCCCCUUUUAGCAGAGAAAAAGUUAUAUUUGAAAGUACUGGCAGGAGGCUGGAAGUUGAUCCUUAAGCAUCCAAUUAAUCCUUUAUCUUUUGAUAUGACAAGAGUGAGGAAGAAUAAUAUAAUUUGCAUUGUAACCUUUUAUUUUGUUUUGCUUGUCUUUUGGUGUGUACAUCCAUAAUGUAAGAUGUAGCAACCAAUACAAAUAAACAAAAAAAUGGAAUAAAUUCA